GGCUUUGCCGUGGUGGAGAUAAGGAAAAUGCUCUUUGUUGGUUUCAUACUUACAUUAUGGCCUAUCCUUUUUGUUUUGCUAUACAUAGUCCUAAAUCACAUUGCCAAACCAAGGCAUUCCGUCUGUAUAAUUGUUCUUGGCGAUCUAGGCAGAAGUCCUCGAAUGCUGUACCAUGCGAAAUCGUUUGCGAAAGAGGGUUAUGAAGUUGAUCUCGUUGGGUACACCGGCUCCAAGCUCCAUGAAGACAUACAGAUAAACAGAAGGAUCAAUCGACAUUAUCUCUGGGAACCUCCAAUUUUCGUGAAAUAUGUUCCAAGACUCCUCGCAUAUGUGUUGAAAGUAUUCUGGCUAAGUACAUCAUUAGGCUUAAAAUUAUUGCUUCUCCCAAAGGCUAAUUACUUAGUUAUGCAGAAUCCACCAUCCAUUCCGACAAUGUUUGUUGCCCUGAUUGUAUGCUUGUCAAGGGGCAGCAUUCUCCUCAUUGACUGGCAUAACUAUGGUUUUACUAUACUUGCUUUGUCACUUGGUGUGAAUCAUCCCCUAGUCAAAUUUUCCAAAUGGUAUGAGAAAUUUUUUGGCAGAUUUGCAAAGGCAAAUAUCUGUGUGACAAAAGCAAUGCGAGAUGAUUUGAAAACUUGGGGAAUAAGUGCAGAAACUCUAUAUGACCGACCAGCUGAACUGUUUCAAGAAGCUACAGUGGAAGAGAGACAUGAUCUGUUUAGUAAACUAUCCUUGGCGUAUCCCAUAUUUGGCAGCAGAAAUGAACGGGAAAGAGAUUCAACUGCCUUUACUUAUCGGUCAGCCUCUGGAAAGAUCCAGUACCGAAAUGACCGCCCUGCUCUUUUAGUGAGCAGUACAAGCUGGACUGAAGAUGAAGAUUUUGGAAUUUUAUUAAAAACUUUGCAAAAAUACGAAGUUGCGGCUUCAAAAAAUAUGCAGAAAGGCAUACCAGAUAUAUUAUGUGUGAUAACAGGUAAGGGACCACAGAAAGAGUUUUAUAGCCAGGAAAUUGAAAGCAUAGAGUGGAAACAUAUACACUUCUGUCUACCGUGGCUUGAGGCUGAGGACUACCCUGUUCUUUUAGGAUCAGCUGACCUUGGUGUGUGCCUUCAUAAGUCUUCCAGUGGCCUUGACCUUCCUAUGAAGGUUGUUGACAUGUUUGGUUGUGGUCUUCCAGUCUGUGCUGUACAUUAUUUUUGUUUGUCUGAGCUUGUAAAACAUGGGCACAGUGGCCUAAUUUUCAGAAACAGUCAGGAACUGUGUAACCAAUUGCAGGAACUACUAGAAUCUUUCCCAGAUGACCAAAAGAUGUUGAAGAAAAUGCGAUCCAACUUGAAAUCCUUUCAAGCAAUGAGAUGGCAUGAUAACUGGAAAAGAACUGUUCUUCCCUUGUUAAAACAACACAAAAAAGACAAGAAGAAAAGAUAAAUACAUUAUGCAAGAACACGUUGAUAUGGAUCUGUAUUUAGAAAUAAUAAAUGGA